AUGGAGGAUCUACGAAUUUUCUCGUACGUCCUCACUAGCAUCCUAUUCACCAUCAGCACGACCACAAUACUGAUGCGUAUAUACGUCCGCGGCCUGACAAUGAGGUCUUUCUGGUGGGAUGAUUGGGUGAUGACCGCAAUGCUGUUCUUUAAUACUGCCCAACAAGUAAUCUCUUAUUAUUUGUUUCGCCACGGAGCAGGCUUACACAUGGCUGAGGUUACGGAAAGUCACCCUGAAUGGUUGCCCGUUCUGCUCAAGUGGAACCUCGUCAACCAGUUUUGGUACGCAUGGUUGCAAUUUAGCAUCAAGAUGUGUUUCCUGCUCUUCUACUAUCGCCUGACGGAUCGUACCGGCUUCCGGCGUUGGCUGUGGGCCAUUCUGGGAUUCCACAUCGUCACCACCAUUGUGAUCGCAAUCCUGAUCGGGCUGCAAGCCGUACCCUUGGCAGCUGUGUACGAACCUCAAAACUACCCAAACGCUGCGAGAAUCGAUCUCAGCGUUAUUUUGUUUGUGCCAUUCGCUCUCACACUGGCAACGGAUAUUUUCAUACUCGUUCUACCUCUGCCGAUCGUUCUGUCUCUGCAGAUGUCAUCAAAACGCCGCUUGACUGUUCUUGCUGUCGUGACAACCGGCGGAUCGGCAGUGGUAGUCUGCGGACUCCGGGGCAUUGUCCUCGUCGAAGCCGCGACAGCACCAGACUUUACAUUCACACUCGGGAAGUUUCUGGUUAUGCUGAAUGCCGAGUUGCAAGUCGCUAUCAUCGCUGCCAAUAUGCCAUCAUUGAAGACAUUUCACACUUUCUGGAGGCAGCACAGGCUGGGCCCUGGUCAAGGAAUCGGUGCUGAGCCUCUGGAUACGAGAUCCAGGCGCAUGGCAUCUAAGUCGAGAGGUGACAUCGAGCUGCAGAGCGGACAGCCUGCUUCCAAGUUCAUGGACUCGGGACGUUUUCAGGGAAAGUCAGUGCAUGGCUUUUCUAGGAUAAGUGAUGAAGAGAGCUCGAGGUACUUCAACGGUGAGGCGGACAGCACCAUGGUAAUAGAGACAGCUGGUACAGGCAGAUGA